AUGUCAUUUUUUGAAGGAAUAAAAGAAUUAACAAAUGAUUGUAAACUAUUAAAUAUUUUAUUAUAUACCGCAUUAUCCAUUGGUAUUUUUAAAAUAACUACAUUUUCAUUAAGUUUUAGUUCAUUAAUUUUUGAUAUUUUUUUAAAACCUUCAAUUAAUUAUAAAAAAUAUGGUGCUGUUAAGUCAACCAAGGGUGAUGGCAAAGGGGGAGCCAAAUGGGCUGUUGUUACUGGUGCUUCUGAUGGGAUUGGUAAAGAAUAUGCUAAACAAUUAGCAUCAAAAGGUUUCAAUAUCUUGUUAAUUUCAAGAACUCAAUCAAAAUUAGAAAUUUUAUCAGAAGAAAUUUCCUCUGAAUUUAAAGUUGAAACAAAGACAUUAGCUAUUGAUUUUUCUACUGAUAAACCAUCAAAUUAUGAAUUAAUUAGUCAAUUUACUAAGAAUUUACCAAUCACUAUCUUGAUUAAUAACGUUGGUCAAUCUCAUUCAAUUCCUGUUCCUUUUUUACAAACCCAAGAUGAAGAAUUAAGAAACAUAAUUACAAUUAAUAACAUUUCCACUUUAAAAACAACCCAAAUAAUCGCUCCAAUUAUUCAAAACACUAUCAAAUCUUCCAAGGGAAUCCGUGGAUUAAUCUUAACAAUGGGUUCAUUUGGUGGAUUAUUACCAACUCCUUAUUUAGCUACAUAUUCAGGUUCAAAAGCCUUCUUACAAAAUUGGUCCUCUGCAUUAUCUGGUGAAUUAAAAAAUGAAGGUAUUGACGUUGAAUUAAUUAUAUCAUAUUUAGUCACUUCAUCAAUGUCCAAAAUUAAAUAUUCAUCAGCAACAAUCCCUAACCCAAAGCAAUUUGUCAAAAGUGUUUUAUCAAGUGUUGGUUCCCGUUCAGGUGCACAGGAAAGGUAUGCUACCUCGACUCCUUAUUGGACUCAUGCUUUAAUGCAUUUUGGGAUUGAAAAUACAGUGGGGAUUUAUAGUAAAUUUGCGAAUGGGUUGAAUUUUAAUAUGCAUAAGAGUAUUAGAAUUAGGGCUUUGAAGAAACAAGCUCGUUUAGAAGCAGAAGCUAAAAAACAAUAA